AUGUCUGCAGAUCUUACGUGGCAAAUCAUUCGCAAGAAUUCCUGUUUCCUCCGUCGUCAGAAAGGCAUCAAGAAGCAUUUUUCUGUUGAGCCGUUCAACCUUCGUGGCAUCAACAGCCGUCGAUACAAUGGUCUCAUCAGCAAGCGGGCUAUGGAUCUGAAGCCCUUUAAGGAAGGCCCUGGUGUCACAGUGAGACUGAAGAUUCCAAGUAAAGCAGCAAAGCCAGCUAAGAGCAAAUGUGUCAUUGCUUUGCGCAAUCGCGAGAAAUUAUUGAGAUCUGUGAAAGCCAUCGCCAAAAGCCAGGGCUUGGGUCACCUUCACAUGCUCGCGCAACGACGUGCUUCUGCUAUUUUUCGUUCACGUCUACCAAAAUCGAAGAAGCAUGUUAAGAAAAUUGAUGCCUAG